AUCAGUUCAAUUAUAACUUUAUCUGUUAAACAACCAACUAACUCCUCAAAAUGUUCACAUUCAAAAUCAUCGUUUUAACCAUUUUGGCUUCAAUUACGUAUUCGUUAGCUCAUAAAGCUGAAUCUUACGCCAAUAAUCAUCUUUAUUCUCAUGGCGGUGGUGAUGGUGGAGAUGGGGGACAUAAAGACCACGAUCAUUACGCUUAUCCAAAAUAUGAUUAUAAAUAUGGUGUCGCCGACAAGAAAACUGGCGAUAAUAAAGAACAACACGAAGAACGUGAUGGGGAUGUCGUUAAAGGUUACUACACCCUCCACGAAGCUGAUGGAACUAUCAGAACUGUUCAUUACACCGCCGAUAAACACAAUGGAUUCAAUGCCCACGUUGUUAGAUCUGGACAUGCUGCACAUCCCGCUGUUUAUGGGCAUGGAGGAGACGAUGGAAAACACUGA